CAAAAUAUGUAUAACCCUAGCCCACCUGCUUCAUCUGGAGGCUCAUCAACAAAGCCAUAUUCACCCUUUGAAACCAAAAGAAAGCCUUUUGAUCUAUCAAGUCUUCGGAAGAACACUGUUGCUAUUAGCACAGGUGAGAAAUUAUUCAGAGAUUUCGCUCCAGCGAAAUCAAUGGACUUGAACAGAAUGAGUGUUGCCAAUCCUCCUGAAGUGAAUGAGAAAAUAUUUCAUCAGAAAGCUAGAGAGUACUGGUUAAAAGAGAGGAAUGAAAAAGCCCAGUGGCUCCAAGAUGAUGACAAAGGAAAGGAGUUAAGCACAUUGCCUUUGAAGUAUAAAUCUUCACUUUCGAAACCAGCUCGGUACCUCAUGCAAGGUGAUGAAUGAGAUAAUAGAGACGCUGAGAUAGACAAAGAGCGUGAUAUUGUCAUUGAAAGAAAGAAAAUGGACUAUCAAUAUGAAGAUUUCUUAGGGAGGAAAGAUCGUGAUAAGGUACCUAUUGAUACUACAACGGUCUUGCCAUAUGACAUCCAUUCUUAUAACAACUACCAAUUUAUGAUGUAUGCUCCAUACUAUUACGGUCUAGUGCCUGUGUACAAUGUUGGCAUGCAAUCCCAAGACUCACCUUACCCUUACGAUGAAAAUAUGAACCAAUAGCUUCUUAA